AACUGGCAGUGGCAACAUUUUUAGAUAAACGUCAAAAUUUGUAACUGCCGGGAUUUACCGAAAUCGAAUAGAUUAUCAUUUACAAAAUUAAAAUAAAAUGUAAAGAUUGUAAUAAUUUCUAUUGUUCUUAUAAAUUUUAAUAAUAAUUUGAUAAUCGUUGUAGUGUGAUAUAUAAAGUAGUUACGAUAACAGAAGAGAUACUAUUUAUUGGAAAUGAAAUAGGAGCGUGUCGUAUGACUGUUGUGAGAAACAUUAGUAAUUGUUCUAUCUGCAUUUCCUGCUGAAGAUGGACGAGAGCGAGACGAAGACCUGCGAGAACUGCCGAGCUUGUGUGUUGUGUUGUGUGUCAGCAAGCGCGACAUCCCGUGCGUGAACUUCACGACGCACGCGGUGCACUGCGCGCGCAACCUCAGCGUGUGCCCCGCGUGCAAGGAGCCCGUGCCGCACGCCGAGCUGCCCGCCCACCACGACAAGAUGCACAAGCUGCGUGAGUGUCCCCUCGCUCUCUGUAUGAUACGGUUCAGCACACGCGCGCAACCUCAGCGUGUGCCCCGCGUGCAAGGAGCCCGUGCCGCACGCCGAGCUGCCCGCCCACCACGACAAGAUGCACAAGCUGCGUGAGUGUCCCCUCGCUCUCUGUAUGAUACGGUUCAGCACACGCGCGCAACCUCAGCGUGUGCCCCGCGUGCAAGGAGCCCGUGCCGCACGCCGAGCUGCCCGCCCACCACGACAAGAUGCACAAGCUGCGUGAGUGUCCCCUCGCUCUCUGUAUGAUACGGUUCAGCACACGCGCGCAACCUCAGCGUGUGCCCCGCGUGCAAGGAGCCCGUGCCGCACGCCGAGCUGCCCGCCCACCACGACAAGAUGCACAAGCUGCUGCCGUGUGCGCAGUGCGGCGAGAGCGUGUGCGGCGCCGACCUGGAGGACCACGUGCGCGACUCCUGCGCGCUCACCAUGCAGACGUGCAGGUUCUGCGCGCUGGAGCUGCGGCGCGGCUCGCUGCCGGCGCACGAGCGCUACUGCGGCGCGCGCACGGAGCGCUGCGAGCAGUGCGGCGAGUGGGUCAUGCACAAGUACCGCCAGCUGCACCUCGACUCCAACCACGGCUUCGUGCGACUCGACGACGAUCCUGCGCCCACGGAACUCUCCAACAAAGCGACAAAUGUGCCAAAACCUCCUUCCAAUAUCAAUUCGUCCCGACCGGACCCCGACCGUCCCCGCACUGAGACGCGACACUUUCGUCCGACCGACUCGGACGCUCCGCACACUAAAACGCCAAACAUCUCGGGCACCGGGAACACCGGCACGUCUCACCCGGUCGUCUCCACCGCCAUUCCUGGCACCUCGCAGACUCCUCUCAUUCCUAGGUCUCGUCUGGCGCCGAACUUUUCAUCGCUCAGCGGUGACACUUCGAAAUCGCAAACGAACGCUUCGACGGCGAUCGAUCCGGUGAACGUCGGCGCGGACGCGCGAGCGCCCGAAGCGUCCGGCCCCAGCCCGCCGACGGUCGCAGCGACCGACGGCUUCGGCCGCGAGCGGCGCAACGAGGCCGGCGCCCGCGCCAGGGAGGACGACCGUCGAGUGAACUCGGCAGCCGCGACGGACGAGGUCUCCAAGAAUCUGCGGGCGUCCGGUGGCGCUGUGAAAAAGCGGCCCGCCCCGCAGCCGCCGGCGCGCGCCGCCCCGCCCGACCCGCGCCGCGACUCCGCCCUACACAGCGCGCUGCAGCGCCAGCGCGGCGAGGAGGCCGCGCGCCGGGAGCGGACCGCCCACAACCUGGCCCGGGGCCUGCCGCCGGCGCUGAGCGCGGCCGCCAAGCUGGACAAGCUGCGCAAGCUGGACGCGCUGCACAACCGCGACGGCGAAGAGCGCGACCGCAGCCACGCGCUGCAGGGCCGCGGGUGGGGCGCGCCCGACGUGCCGCUCGGACACGUGCUAGGCGCCGCCACCAGCGGCAGCAGCGCACGGCCCGACGUCGCAGAGCUGGAGGCUGCGCGGCGGCGGCGCCAGCUGCGCGACCUGAAGCCCAUGUCGGCGGAGCAGUUCGAGCAGCGCUUCGGCGAGCUGCAGCUGCGGCGCGGCGAGGACCGCUUCAGCCAGAUCAAGAGCUCGCUGCAGGAGCUGCGCCGCGGCCUCAGCGCGGUGACGGCGCCGUACAACGUCGCCAACAAUGAAGCCGCUCACAAAUGUCUGUCGCAGGGGCGAGGAGCGGCUGCCGUGCGAGUUCUGCGGCGAGCUGGUGCCGCCCGACGACCUGGUGCAGCAUCAGACGGGCUGUCGGCCGGACCUGGCGCAGUACCGGCCCGCGCCCCCCGCGCCGCGCGCCGGCUCGCGGCCCGAGUCGCCGGCGCCGCUCAUCCCGUGCGAGUUCUGCACCGCGCCGCUGCCGGUGUACCUCAUCAGCGAGCACCAGGAGCGCUGCGGCAGAGACGCCGACCUGCUGUUUGCCGACUGACGCGGCGCCCGCCGGCUCUCGGCUGGACCCUGCAGAAGGCUCGGCGGCCGUGUACUGCGUCUGUCACUGACCGCUGACGAUCAGAUCGGCAGGCGCUGCUAAAAGUUUUAGGUAAAACGGAAAGUGUAAACGUUAAUAAGGCACAAGUAGACGAUGAACACUGCACGUGCCUGCACGCGCGGGCGGCUACACUGGUACAUUGACUGCGACAAUAAAUGAUGAAAUGAAUGAUGUCGUGACGUACCGACUCACGGCGAGCCGCCCGACGGAUACUUACGUUUACUUUAUCUACGAGCCGCCGCACAGUGGAAAUCAUUUAAUGCUGGACAUAUUUAUUUUUCGUAUAUUUCAUGUUGGUGUUACUUUUUAAUUUAUAAAUUGAUCUUAUUGCUAAUUUUAGAACGAAAUAGAGCGAGCCCCAUUAGUGCGUCGCGUUCAGCUGCGACGCAGGUGUAGCGUACAAGGCGUUGGUCCAUUGCGACGCCGCAACGCAACGCACUAGUGAGGCGCCUCCACAAGACAAUGACGUCAUACAAGCUGCAAGCGAAUGUUGUCGCGCAGGAGCUGUCUGUCGCCGUGCUUCGGCACUGUCUACUACAAUAUUUCCUGUGCUUUCGAACUUUCUGAUAUUAUUGUCAUUACUGAGGCCCGCUAAUAUGCAUGCGAAUGUACAAACAAAAGUGAGCGGCUGGUGCAGUAGGCGACAUGUUGACUAUGCGAUGACAGAAACACAUUUUGUGUCAUCGAUGUAACCAUAGCAACACGUUGACGCCGUUACAAUCGCAUUUUGAAAAUUUUAAUUGUUUGAUAUCUUUAAUGUUAUCUUUAAUUUCGGAGCACGCGUCGUACACUUUUGUCUACAACUGUAGUGCGCGCGCACACAACUGUCGCGUUGGCUCCACUUACUGCAGGGGCUACACCUACUUGAACUGUCCGAAUGCUUAGAAUGAAUGCGCUCUCUACUUGUUCCUAUUGUUCUCUGUAUUAGACGUAUACUCGCACGAUGACGUGGCAGCCGCUGCGCGCUCUCAGAGGGCCUAGUGGGAGUUUUCAAUAUUUUCAUACUGUUACUAUUGCGUUAACGUGAACGUGAAUUUAUAUGGAGUUGAAGCAAUUGUGCAGUAGCGCCACUAGAUGGCGCCGUUUCAAUUCCUUAGAAAUUCGCGUUUACGUUAACGCGAUAGUAAUAGUAUCAAACUGCCAGUAGACCCUGUGAUAUAUUUUGUUUUAUUAUUGUGAUUAUAAAUGUUUAUGAACGGUGGAGAUGUAGGUGUAAGCAUUAUAGUAGUACUAGACGAAAUUGUAAAUUAGUAUAUUCUCGUAAACAAUAUUAAAUGAACUGCUUUAAGUAUGUAUAUUGUAUUUUUUUAUUAAACUUUCAUAUUACAAUGAA